AUGUUCGGCAAGCCUGUUGACCAACUGAAAGAUUGUUUAGAAGACAGAAAACAUAGAAAUUUAAUUUUAAAAUCUUUACUUAUUUCUCAUCCAGAGCUAUUUACUAUUCCCCAUAUAAAAGUGAAUCCUGGUGACAUUUUAGAAGGAGAUCACAUGACCAUAACAUGUGACACAAAGCUCAGCCCACGCAGAGCGACUACAGAGCUACAGUUUGUUUUCUACAGAAAUGGGCACAAUGUGCAGGGAUUCAGUUCAUCCAACCAAUAUGGAGUCCCCUCAGCUCAGCUGGAGCAUUCUGGGAAUUAUACCUGUGAGGUACAAACUCCAACCGGAAGUGUGAGGAAGAGGAGCAGUGUGUCAUAUCUUUGGAUACUGGAGCUGUUCACAAGCCCCUAUGUACAAGUCAAUCAAUAUAAGAUUCUACAAGGAGAUAACAUGACCAUAACAUGUGACACAAAGCUCAGCCCACGCAGAGAGACUACAGAGCUACAGUUUGUUUUCUACAGAAAUGGGCACAAUGUGCAGGGAUUCAGUUCAUCCAACCAAUAUGGAGUCCCCUCAGCUCAGCUGGAGGAUUCUGGGAAUUAUACCUGUGAGGUACAAACUCCAACUGGCAGUGUGAGGAAGAGGAGCAACGUGUUACAUCUUUGGAUACUGGUUCCAUGGUCAAUGUUCAUGUCAUGUGUAGUCAUACUGGAAUCCAAACUGGUGUGCCACCAUGAGGACUUCCGGAACAUCAACCACGGUGGAACCAUGUGA